AUGAGUUCGUACCUGAAUGAUAAAUAUAAUAAAAAUAACAGUUCCUUAAUGUAUAACGAUGAGGUUAAUACUGAUAACCUUUCUGGGAGUAGGAAACAAAAAUUCUUUAAUUUAGUUAAAACAACAAGAGAUACGUAUCUACCAACGAUACAACAAAAGACCAUCGAUGGAAUUCGAAGUACUCGAGAAUCGAUAAAUAACUACAAAAACUCAAAUUCAAAAGACUUCUUCAAUAAUACCUCUCCACCAAGGGAAAAUGCUCUUCAGACAGACAUCCCAGGAAAUAUCAAUAUUGAGAACUUCCCAACGUAUUCUACUCUAAUAAAAACUUCAGCAGAUGGAACAAAAGAGUAUGAAACUGUAGUACGUUUUUUGAUAACUUCACCUGGUGAUGUAAACUCAAUGAAGAAUAAGUUAUUAUUAUCACUGUGCAAACAGUAUUUGAGGCCAUCAACGUCAGCAGGAUCUGAUAUUAAUGACGAUGAUUCACAAUAUUUAGAGCAAAAAUUUAAUGAACUAGAAAUAGACAAUGGGAGUUCCCAACAGCAUAACACAACAACAGAAAAUGCAUUUAACAAACCAUUAAUGCACCCAACAUCAACUUCCAUAUCAUCAACUUCUUCUCCUAGCAUGACCAGUUCAAUGAAAAAUGAAGUAAAUACAUUGCAAGAUCGUAUAACAGGAUUCUUGUCAAAGAAACUUUCAGGAAUACCUACAAUUAUAACUCUAUUCAGUUCUGAUCUUACCGUAGGUAAAUUUACAUCUAAUGAAGGAAAUUAUGAAUAUUAUACAUCUUUCGCUACAACCGACACUUAUGGUUAUACAGCCUUAAAAAUAAAAUCUAAUUUCGUACCGAAGUCCAUUAAAAUCUCUCUAGAUACACCAUCAGGUUACUUAAGUGAUGAGGUUGCCGAAAUAUUCCCUGUUUCUUUAUUCAAAUGUGAUGGUAUUGGACUGAUUAGUGAUAUAGAUGAUACGAUCAAACAUACCGGUGUCACAGAGGAUAAAAGAUCAAUGUUUAGAAAUGUAUUCAUCCAAAGUGAAGAUUUUUGGGUAAUUGAUGGUAUGCCUGAUUGGUACAACUCGUUAUAUGAAUCUUAUCAAACUGAUUUUUUUUAUGUGUCAAAUUCACCUAUGCAACUAUACCAUACAUUGAACCAAUACAUUUCAGAUUACUUUCCUGUUGGUCCAAUUUUCUUAAAACAAUACAGUGGUAAUAUUAUAUCUAGUAUAAUGUCACCAAGCUCCAAUGGAAAAUUAGAUAGGAUUAUUAACAUUAUUCAGGAUUUUCCAAGUAAGAAAUUUAUUCUAGUUGGUGACUCUGGUGAAAAAGAUUUCGAAACUUAUGUCUCUGCAGCCCUACAAUUUCCAAAUCAAAUACUGGGUAUUUUUAUAAGGUGUUGUAAGAAUUCUAUGAGUGAUUUCGGAUUAAAAGAAUUUGAGUCAAAAGAAGUACUGAAUGGAAUUAUAAAAGAAAAAUAUGAAUCACUUAUGUGUGAAAAUAAUAUAACGAAACUCGAAGUAAGAAGACGACCCCCUCCUCCUCCAAUAGCAAGAAAUAAACCUACUUUAAAUGCUGUGCAGGUAGAUUCUAUAAGACAAUCCCGGUCAUCUGUAAUAUUUAAUUCCCAAUCAACGUCGAAUAUAGAUGCUACUACUAUAAAGGCUAAUUCAGCACCUCCUCCAUUACCACAGAGACCAAUAGCUGGGAAGAAUAUGCCGUUUGAUAUUAAUAUAGAUGACAGAAGCAUCGAUUCUUCAAAUGUGCUAUAUGAUAAUAAAGCCAAUCAAUGGAAAGCUAGGGUAGAAGAAGGAAUAUUUAGAUUGAAAGCAAAUGGAAAUCACAAACUAGUUAUGAGAGUAAUGUUCUUCACAGAUUCUAAAAAAUGCUUUGAAACAAGUGUAUCAUUAAUCAAUAACUCUUUAAAUAAAUAA